UCUGAUGUCACCGCUGUGGUCCUGCCUCUAGAGUGGAGCAGCAGGCGAAGGGUUGGGUGCUGCUCAUUGUACCCUGGUAAUGGCUUGCACCUCCUGCUAGGAUCUUCCCUGGUCGCUUCAUUUCCCCGGUCACACACAAACCACUGCAGAAAGAAGCGAAGAUGUCUGACGAUUUCGGCUUCUUCUCCUCCUCCGAGAGCGGGGCUGCCGCAGAGACAGAAGAGGACCCAGCCGCCGCUUUCCUGGCCCAGCAGGAAAGCGAAAUUGCUGGCAUCGAGAAUGACGAAGGAUUCGGGGCAGUGCUGGUGGGCAGCCAGGCGUCCUCUAUGGAGCAGUCCGAUCUGGUGGGAUUUGAUGACCUAGUGACCACUCCGGUUAAUGGGGACAUAGGCCAGGAGUCCAAUGGAUUCAGUGAUGGAUAUGCAGCUAUAGCGCAGGCUGAUAGACUAACCCAGGAACCUGAAAGCCUUCGUAAAUGGAGAGAGGAACAGAAGGUGCGCCUGGAGGAAUUGGAUGCAGCUGCCAAGGUGACCGAACAGGAAUGGAGAGAGAAGGCCAAGAAGGACCUAGAAGAGUGGUACCAACGGCAGAGUGAGCAAAUAGAAAAGAAUAAGGUUACAAACAGGGCGUCGGAUGAAGCACUGGUGUCAGAAACCAAGGAUGAAGAAACCGGGACCGAAUGGGAACGUGUUGCCCGCCUUUGUGAUUUCAACCCCAAGAGCAGCAAGCAGUCUAAAGAUGUGUCUCGUCUGAGAUCUGUACUUAUCUCCUUGAAACAGACGCCGCUAUCUCGCUAGUUUUCUCAUCCAACCUCCCCCUUCUCACCUCCCUGCUUCACACCAAAGAAACCAUCCUUGCAGGUCUGAGGCCCAUUCACUUAUGCCCUUAAUGUUAACAAGAUCCUGUCCCUGAUACUGUCCCCUGCAGAACUGUCAAUGCAAUCUACAUGCCAGAUCUGAUGUCAUUCACUUACUCUAUUAGGUUCAUAUUUAGGAUAUUGAGGCAGUGAUAAUGGGAGCAUGCGGUGUCUGUGAGCUUUUUGCUUGGGGAGAUUUGUGUUCUUUUCUGUCUGUGCGCCGGGCUUUUAACAAUGCUUGUCUACAUAUUUUAAAAUAAGGUUUUCUGGAAGUGAAAAGCCUAUCUGCAAGGAGAUUGCACAUUAAACUCUUAAAAAGAUGGGGUUACAAUGUACUGUAAUUCCCCAUGAUUUGGGGUUAAAUCAAUCUAUGCACAUACUGUAUGAGGCACAAUGCAGAAGACGCAAACUGAUGCGAAAGACACAACCCAUCAAUAAACCUAUUUCAUCAUA